AUGGCUGGCUCAGUUGCACUAGACGAUAGCACAAACAGUACGUUGAAUCUAGUCGAUAGAAUUGUAAUACAUCCGGAAUUUGACGGAUCACGGCUGCCCGAGAGGGACAUCGCCCUGAUUAGGUUAGCGAACAGCUUAAUUUUCGAUAGCAGGAUCAAUGCCAUAGCCAUUCCUGAGCAGGGCUACACACCUGAAAGGGUUUUGGGGUGCACAAUGGCUGGAUGGGGAGCUGAAAGCUACCUCGGCGAUAUCCCACUGGACAUGAGAGUGCAGAAAUUGCGCACACACGAUUUUGCCCUGUGCAACAACUCGUACAGCAUUUUAAGUGUGUCUCUGCCUGAAGAAACUCAAUGUGCUAUAAGACCUAUUCUGGGAACCUCUGUUCCCUGCACGGGUGAAUGGGGAGGCCCCCUUGUUUGCACGAGGGACGCUGCUGAAGGCCCAGUGCUGCUUGGUCUCGCUUCAGGAGAUCCAAUUCCUUGCGGAUUCACAAUUUUCAAUAUUGAGCUAUUUUCCCUUCCUUACAUGUUCACCAGAAUCAGCAGCUUUACGGACUGGAUUUAUCAGACAAUACAAGAGCCUGCUGAGGCUGAGGCAUCAAUGUUUCAAAAAUGA